UGCUCUCUCGUGCUCUGAGCUUGACACGGUGGAGGCCGUCACACAGAUCUGUCAAGAUUACAGCACCUCGGGGUAACGGCUACAUUUUUAUCGGAGGGAGAAAAUCAAUACCAUCUCUUGAUUUCACAAACAAGGGCCCAGGCGAAGCAGAUGGGGAUUUUUCAACUUUUUAAGAGCCGAUCCCUGCGCUGCGUCAGGCUUAGGUUAGCCCCGCUCAAAGACACCGGAUUACACUCUACACGCUAAGAGGCAUCCUUCAUCCGGCCAAGACUCGAGAUAAUAUGGCAAAGUCGAAACACAGAUGCUGUGGAGAGCAAGUGGAUAAGGUGUUUUUCCCAGCACUGUUGGAGCCUUAUUAUGGAAAACAGAUGUGGAGGAGCUGUGCCACUGCAGGGAGCGCUCGAAAUGCAGCAUCAGGGCUAGAAGCAGCGAUUGACUGCGCGCGAGGCAGAGGGGAAGCCCGUCUAGAUGAGCCAGCCACAGGCAUCCAGCUUCACUCUACACGCAUAAGGACUUAAUAUGUCAACAGAGGCCGAGCUCCAACCUGCUGCCAGACCCAGCGUCAGAAAGGACUCUAAGAGGAGAGGCCAGGACCGCAGUGAGGCUGUUCUGAUAAAGCGCUUCAAAGGGGAUGGUGUCCGCUACAAGGCCAAGCUCAUCGGCAUUGAUGAGGUCACUGCCGCAAGAGGGGACAAACUCUGCCAGGAUUCAAUGAUGAAACUAAAGGGAAUCGCAGCCUCAGCGCGCUCUAAAGGAGAACACAAGCAGAAGGUCUUUCUCACCGUCUCCUUCGGAGGAAUCAAGAUCUUUGAUGAGAAGUCCGGGGUCCUACAGCACCACCACGCAGUUCACGAGAUUUCCUACAUCGCCAAGGACAUCACGGACCACCGCGCCUUCGGCUACGUUUGUGGCAAGGAGGGCAACCAUCGGUUUGUGGCCAUCAAGACCGCCCAGUCUGCUGAGCCAGUGAUCCUUGACCUCCGUGACCUUUUCCAACUGAUCUAUGAGAUCAAGCAGAGGGAGGAGAUUGAGAAAAAGGCUCAGAAAGACAAGCAGUGUGAACAAGCCGUUUACCAGACCAUCCUGGAGGAAGAUGUGGAGGACCCUGUCUAUCAGUACAUUGUGUUUGAGGCGGGACAUGAGCCCAUCCGUGACCAAUCAGAGGAGAGCAUUUAUCAGGUCCCCACCAGCCAACAAAAGGAAGGAGUUUAUGACGUUCCAAAGCGACAUCCAAGCAGACAUAAAGGACACACCAGCCUGCUGGAUGUAGAUGCCAGUCUAGUGCAGGUCUCUAAGAAUAUCAACCAGUUAGAGCUAUUUGGAGACAUGUCUACUCCUCCGGAUAUCACAUCUCCCUCGACUCCGGCUUCUCCAGCAAACACACUGGACACGACGCUGGCACACCAGACAGCCUCAGAACUGUUCACUCCAUUCAACCCUGCCUCCGUGCCCUCAGGUUACGUGACGAUGGGGGCGGUGGCACCAGCGUGGACUCAGCAGGGGUUUGCCGCCCAGGCGCCCCUUCCGUUCGGGGUGCAGUCCUCGAUGCCCAUGGCUCAGGUUUUGCCUGGAGGCCAGCCGCUGAUCUGGGGCCAGGCCAACCUAUUCCCCGCCACUCAGCAGCAGUGGGCGGCCAUGGCUGGCGCGCACUUCUCACCUGCCACGUUCAUGCCCGCGCAGACGGUGGGGCCGCUGCCUGCCGCCAUGUUCCAGACCCUGGCUCCUGUGCCGUUGGCCGCGGCCGCCGCCGCCGCUUCUUGUGACACGCCCACGGCGGGCGGGGCCGGGGCGGGGGCGGGGCCGGGGGCGGGGGCGUCCGCCUCCAUGGCCUCCAGCCCACAGCACAGUGACCGCUCACUGCCCCGCCAGGCCAAGAUGAGCAAGGAGAUGUUCAAGGACUUCCAGAUGGCCAAGCCGGCAGCCAUGCCAACACGCAAGAGUGAGCAGCCCAGCCUGGCCUGCACCACAGACGCCUUCACCAGCUACUUCGGCCGCGUGGGCGUGGCGCAGGACAACGACGACUGCGAUGACUUCGACAUCUCCCAGAUGAACCUGACGCCUGUCACCUCCACCACGCCCUCCACCAACUCACCGCCGACUCCAGCGCCCCGCCAGGGCUCACCGUCCAAGUCGUCAUCGCAGGCCAGCGACCCGCCCACCGAUGACUCGUUUGGAGAGGCCGAGGGCAGCCCCAGCCGGAGCGGGGAGGAGGACGCCGCCGGGGACUCCCAGUCUCCGUGUGUGAGUGAUCCCCGAGCAGAGCCCCAAGGCUCUGAGUCGGACAGUCCUCAGGGGAAGGACCCUCUCUACGCCCAGAUCAACAAAGGAAAGAAGUGAAGGAUCAUGGGAUCUCUGCACACGACUGAACAGUGCUGGGAGGAGCAGGAGACCAAUCAUUAAGUUCAUCUCCCUGCUCUGUGUGUGUGUGCGCGCGUGUGUGUGUGCGCGCGUGUGUGUGUGUGUGUGUGUGUGUGUGUGUGUGUGUGUGUGUGUGUGUGUGUGUGUAUAAUGAGAGAGCAAGUGUAAGGAGAGUGAAAGGUUGACAGAAUGUGAAUGUAUGAAUGAGUUGAUGAGCAUAUAAGCUUUGCUAGGUGUGUGUGUGUUUGUGUGUGAGUGUGUGUGUGCGUGCACGUGUGUGUGCGUGCACGUGUGUGAGUGUGUGU